CCCCAGCCCAGACUGCGGCGCAGGCGCGAAGUAAACUUGUCUUGCUUGGCUCCAGCUCCAGCAGCUUCGGCUCGCUCCGCGGAGACAGCAGGCCCAUAGGGAUCCAUGACACUGAGCUGCAGUCACUCGUGUGUGUGUGGCCAUGACAACGUGGAGGAAGGUAAGCGGUAUGGCACCGGCUCCUAUCCACACCUCUCCUAUAAGGAUUGUUCCAAUACUGCUCUCAGCGAAGACCCAGAAGGACCCCAAGUCCAGUGCCCCCACCAACCCUGGCCCUCAUUGUGUUGGAAGAUCACCCUGUCUUCAGGGACCUUGUUCCUGCUGCUGGGUGUGGCAGCCCUGACCACCGGCUAUGCGGUGCCUCCCAAACUAGAACUCGUCAAUGAUGAUAAGUUCCAGUCACUAGAUGAUCCAGCAGCCGACUACAACCAAGCCCUGGGCACCUGCCGCCUGGCAGGUGUAGCACUGUGUGGUGCAGCCGGGAUCCUGCUGGCCAUCUGCCUCUUCUUGGCCGCAUCAGGUUGGCUGAGCGAGGACAUCAAGGCAGAACCCUUGAUCACUGAAGCUGACAGUCCUGUGGAGGUCUUCAGGGAUGAGCCAGAGCAACUGUCUCCUAUCUUCAAUGAUGCCGGCGGUCAGUCAUGGUUCCUGACACCCAGCCCCUUUGGGCUGACUUCUGUGCAGAUCGGCCAGCCCAAGCGAGGCUCAUAAGCUGGAAGCUGGGGAAUCAAAUGCUUUCUCUCCUUGCACACCUCUCCCUCAUUACCCUGACCUCUCCCUUUCAGCAGGGCCCUUCUCCCUAAGAUACUAGUAGCCCCCCCCAAAUCAGGUCUCAUUCUCAAAUCCUUGCCCUGCCUCAGGGUAGGGGCAAACUCAUCUAAGAACUGCCCUUCCAUGGGGGCUUGAGAAAUGGCUCCGUGGUUAAGAGCAUUGGCUGCUCUUGCAGAGGACCUGGGUUUGAUUCCCAGCACCCACAUGGUGGUUAACAACCAUCCAUAACUCAGUCCAGGCAUUAGGAAAAGUGGAAUGUCUUUGCUCCUCAAAGUCCACCCUGCACAAGUAGACACACCUGUGCCCACUAGUCCUGACUCAAAAAUGUGCGCUCAGAGGCCCAGCCCCUUCUAUCCAGAGGCACCAUCUCCUGUGUCUGCCACUUGUCUGCUCCAAGCUAACUGGACCUCCCACCUCUGUCUGCCCCUAUUGGCCUAAGGGCUUCCUGGGGGAGAUCCUCAGGCCAGCCCCCACUGCCUCUGUGCCUCAUGUGUCCUCCAGGGUCCCCUGUUCCUUGCCCCUCCUAUCCUACCUCUUUCAAUAAACAGCUGGGAUAGACACCGCCUUUGCUUCCAGACCCCUGGUUG